GCAAUGCUAGUGCAUCCGGACAAGCAUGGGGGGGAUGAGAAGAAUGCCAUAGUGGCGUUUCAACGCCUGCAGAGUGCAUACGAGGUGUUAUCAGACGAGGGGAGGCGGCGAGAGUACGAGGGCGAGCUGAGGCGCGAGCAGCUAGUGGAGCUCAUCACCCGCAGGGCUGCACACAUGUGGCAGACGAGCAGCACAACAGCUGGCAGGGCGGCACCAGGGGGCAUGGGCGGGGCAGCAGGGAAAGGGGGAGGGGGGAUGGGGCAGGCAGGGGGGCCAGCAGGGGGCGAGGAGGAGGAGGGGGGGCGGCCAGUGGCGUGCACAGAGUGUGGGCUGGCUCAUGUGUGGCGCCCCGUCAACCGCCCCUGCAGCCAAGCCCGCUGGUGUCAGGAGUGUCAGAAGCACCACCCAUGCAAGGAGGGGGAUGGCUGGGUGGAACAACUCCCUCAGCCUGCCUUGUUUGGCAUGCUCUCUGUUAAGGGCCCACAGAACUUCUACACGUGCACGGACGGGCAGGUCUACCACAUCACUGAUUGGGCGCGCUGCCAG